CUCAGUGCUCGACAUACGUCGGUGCACUGGCACUGGCACUGGCACUGUCCGACUCGGCGCGUUAACGAUCGUAAACAAAGUACGAUCCGUCGAGUCGAGUAACCUUAAAAAGAAUUGAUCUUGAUCUAUCCGAAAAGCUGCAAUCGCGGAAAACAAAAAAAACCAGUAUCUCCAACGAACGAGGUUAACGCGAAACAGCACGAAUCGCGAAAAUGGAUAAACAUUUCGAAAGAGCUUCGUAAUAAUGUCGCGGCACGCUUACCUCCACUGUUAACACUGCGUACGCGAGUGACAUUUAUCAUCGUAGGCAGCAUUGAUCCGUACUGAAAUUUCUUCAUCAAAGAUGGAUCAAAUGCUUCCUAGUCCCGGGGGUUUCAGCAUACCCAGCAUCGGUACGCCGUUGCAUCAACCAGAAGAGGAUCAGCAGAUCUUGCCAAAUGCGUUGCAGCAGCAGCAGCAGUCGCAGCAGUAUCAAUUACAGCAAUUACAUUCGAUGAGUCCGAAUAUGCAGAGUGGUAUGCUGAUGAUAACGACACCACAGAAAACUAUGCACACGUAUGCUCCGACUCCGACGUUUGCGACGCCACAAAGCCUCAUGCAGCCACAAACGCCGCAAAAUAUGAUGUCUCCCAUAGUACCGCAGAGUAAUCAGAUAGCACCACCGUCGAUAGGUCCCGCUACGCCAGGUCCAAUGACGCCGAUGACGCCAGCUUCCGCAGAUCCCGGAAUAUUACCGCAAUUACAGAAUAUCGUGUCUACCGUCAAUUUAAAUUGCAAACUUGACCUGAAGAAAAUCGCCCUGCAUGCCAGAAACGCCGAAUACAAUCCAAAACGAUUCGCGGCCGUUAUCAUGCGAAUAAGAGAACCAAGGACCACUGCACUCAUAUUCAGUAGCGGUAAAAUGGUUUGUACGGGCGCAAAGAGCGAGGCAGAUUCGCGUCUCGCUGCGAGAAAGUACGCAAGAAUCAUCCAGAAGUUGGGAUUCCCCGCAAAGUUCUUGGAUUUUAAGAUCCAAAACAUGGUCGGCAGUUGCGACGUGAAAUUCCCGAUUAGAUUAGAGGGUUUGGUGCUCUCUCACGGACAAUUCUCCUCGUAUGAACCAGAACUAUUUCCAGGUCUGAUAUACAGAAUGGUGAAACCUCGCAUCGUACUGCUGAUAUUUGUUUCAGGAAAAGUGGUAUUGACAGGAGCAAAGGUACGCAAGGAAAUUUACGAGGCUUUCGACAACAUUUAUCCAAUCCUAAAGAGCUUCAAGAAGCAGUGACGCGCAUGCUUGCGCACAAUGGUGAUCCGUCUAUCGGAUAGAUCAUACGUUCGACGUCGUUUUUUUUCUUCACCUUCCUUUUUUCAAAAGACAACUACACGGAGGAGCGUGUUAGAAACUCGAUAUCACGCUAUCGUACAUCGUACGUCGUACAAUCUCGGGUGCAUCCGCAAUCGUUCGAUAUUCGAAACGUUGGAAAAAAUUCGGAUGUUUCUCGCGUUCACGGACUCUUGGGAGCAAUCGGUGAAAGCGAAAACAAGCGUAUACAAAGAUAGAAUAAAGAAAGUCAAAGAGAACAGAGGAAGCAGACAAAAGAGAGGGGGAAACAUUCCUCCGUUACGUUGGGUAAAAUUAUCUUUUUGUUUUUUCUUCCUUUCGUUCUUAACUUGUUUCACAUAGAAUUACGUGGUUGUUAAACGAUCUUGAGUGAACCUUUCAGACACCGUUAUGUCGUGUCGUGCAUCGCUUGACUCGUUUGAGAAAUUUUACGGGUGAUACUCAUAGUCUACUCUUCUAAGGAGGCAAUGUCCAGUACACCGUUUGGAUAUUAAUACUGUUCGUCCAUUACUUGACAAGUGGGUCAAGAUUAUAUUUAGUACAGGCUUAAUGUAAGAACAGACUAUGAAUAUGUCCUAUAUCUUGUAUGGAACGUAACGUACAAUGUAUAUAUACAUAUAUAUAUAUAUAUAUAUAUAUAUAUAAAAAUAUAGAAAAAGAUGACCGUGAAUUGUCCAAUAUUUCCAAUUGUUGCUACGACAUGACGCAGAUUCAUCGAUACUCGGAAACUCAUCUCAUCCAAUGGAAUACACAAUAAAGUUUGAUAUAAUUUUACAUCA